CACUAGUGUGAUUGGAGGAACUUUGUAAUCACUUAAGAUGUUCAGUCAAAUGAGAAAGUAAAACUAAACCAGGAAUGAUCUCCGUACGAUCUUGCAUUUAUUCACUCUCUUGGGAGAAAUCAAUGUUGAGAUUAAGCGUCCAUGUCCUUCAAAUAUGAAGUUUAUUUGUUUGACCCUCCUGAUUAUUAGUGGAAUUACUGAUUCAAGAUCAGAGCGGUAUGAUGUGGUGGGACCUGUAGAUUCUGUAUUUGCUGUAGCUGGUGAAGAUGUGAUUCUGCCCUGUUCAGUCAAACCCAACAUCAGUGUUGUGGACAUGACAGUGAGGUGGUCUGGUCUUGAUCUGAAAGACUCACAGCUAGUGCAUCUCUAUGAGGAUCAUGGAGACAGAAACACAAAGCAAAUUGAGUCCUACAGAGGGAGAACAGAACUGAAUCAUCAAGAACUACAGAGAGGAGAUGCAUCACUCAAACUCUCAUCAGUCCGAGUCUCAGAUGAAGGACGUUACAAGUGUUUUAUUCAGUCCAAAUCCUGGUAUGAUGAUGCUACUGUUGAUGUCAGUGUUGAAGCUGUAGGACGUCCUCCAGUGAUCACUGUAGAUGGGUUUGAUCAUUCAGAAAGGCUUCAUCUACAGUGUGAAUCUGAAGGUUGGUAUCCUGAACCUGUUCUUGAGUGGCUGAACAGUGAAGGGGUCAGUUUGAGUUCGGAAACUACACAAAUGCAAAGAAACACAGACGGGUUCAGUGUGAAACACACCAUCACUGUACAUCACAGAGACGACAAGAUUCACUGCAGAGUCAAACUGAGACAUCACACGCUGGAGACACUGAUUGUGACCUCAAGUAUAAGUUUUAAUCCUUGGAGGACAACAAUCAUCUUGAAUUUAAUUGCUGUUGCGCUCAUUGUGAUUGCUGGAAUACUGUUAGCUGCAUUUGUUCGUAAAAACAGAGAACAUGACGAACUACAGAAUGAGAACAGGAGAAAAAAACAAGAACAUGAUCAGCUACAGACAGAGACAUGCAGAAUUCAACAAGAAUAUGAUCAACUACAGGAGGAGAAGAACAGAAAACAACAAGAACUUGAUCAUCUACAGGAGGAGAAGAACAGAAAACAACAAGAAUACAAUGCACUUUUACAAAAUGAGAACCAGAGAAUAAAGCAAGAACUUGAUCGACUACUGGAGAACAGAAAACAAGAAUUUUCUUCAGAAGAUGAUCAAGAACAGAUUGUGAAAAGCGGAAUGCAACGAGAACACGAUCAACCACAGAAUGUGAAAGAAACGAAAGGAAAACAAGGGAACCAACAAUCAAAAAAAGAAGAUAAAAAGUGUCUUUUACAAUGAGGUGCAGGUGAAGGAGUGAAUUGAGUGGUAUUCAGGCCAGUAACAUGAUGGGGUGGAACAGUCUGAGUGUGGAGCCUGGAUUGUGGAUUAUGAGGAGGGUCUGGUCUCCUUUUAUGAUAUGGAGCGGCUGACAUCAGCUGGAGAUCAUGCAUCGGUGCUCCACUGCUAUUCCCGCGGUUCCCGGAUGUGCAACGCUGACUUUUCUGCCGAAUUUUAACCACUUAAUUUGUGGCAGCGAAUUUGGAAAGUGAAAUAAAAUGACUGAAAUUUGCCUAUCGAAUAUUAUACAUCAUAUUCACCUUCCAGAAUUCACUUCCAAAGUAUUCAACCUGUUUAAAAAUACGAAUUGUUGAAUUUUUAAUUAUGAAAAUGUGUUUCAUUUUUAAAAAUGAAAAUAUUUUGAAUUGAAAUAUUCCCAGCUUAAAUAAACAACUGUGUUAAAUUUCAGGACCUAAAAAUGCAAGCCCUGGAAAUACAAGGCAUUAAAAUGCAA